AUCUUAUCUAUAACAUUCUGCUAGUGCUCAUCUAUGGCAGUAUCGAAUGUUAGGUUGUGUGUAAAAUAAUGACUUUUUAAUGAUUUAUUAAAUUAAAUUAAGUUUGCGCCUAAUAAUGAUAAAAUAAAGGUGUCGUUGAUUAAAAGUGUUGUGUUGAAAAGUUAAGAACGUAUGUUAGUUUGUUGCCCCACGUGCCCCCACGCCUGAAGACCAUCUAGAUCAGACUACUGUAAUAAGGGAUCCACCGUACGCUAUUAGCAGUAGGUUAGAUUCCCCAGGACGUUCACACAGACCAAUAUCGCAAUCAAUCUGCUACAAAGAUUGCAGCAGCAUUUGUGAUAUCAGCAAAGGAGGUUGCUGUUGCACGCUACUAAAGAUGUCGCACCACAGCGACGACCAGUUGUUGGCGGGAAGCGACUCGUUCUGGGAGCCGGGAAACUACAAGCGUACAACGAAGCGCAUAGAGGACGGAUACCGCCUAUGCGCUGAUUUACAGGCGCUUGUAUCGGAAAGAGCAGAAAUUGAAAAAGGCUACGGAAAAAGUCUUCGCGCCUGGGCAAAGAAAUGGAAUGAUCUUAUAGAAAAAGGUCCAGAAUAUGGCACCACUGAGGCAGCAUGGAAAGGUGUUUUAGUGGAAUCAGAACGGUUAUGUGAUGUACAUAUGAAAGUAAGAGAUAAUCUGUGUAACGACGUUGUCCAAUCCCUCAAAACGUGGCAAAAGGAUAAUUAUCACAAGUCAAUGAUACAAAUAAAAGAACGUAAAGAAAUGGAAGACUCGUUCAAAAAAGCUCAGAAACCUUGGUCUAAGCAUUUAGCUAAGGUACAACGCGCUCGCGCUGAUUAUCACAUGGCUUGUAAAACUGAAAGGAGUGCAGCGAAUCAGGAGCGGAAUGCCAGUGGGGAUAGUUCUCUUUCACCGGAUCAGAUUAAAAAAAUGGCUGACCGAGUUCAGAAAACUAAAGAAGAUGUGCUCAAGAAUAGAGAACGAUAUGAAUUAGCGUUGCAAGAAAUCAAUAAUUAUAAUCCCAAGUAUAUGGAUGACAUGGACAGAGUGUUUCAAAAAUGCCAGGAGAUGGAGGCCACCAGAUUAACAUUUUUCAAAGAAACUUUGUUUAAAGUUCAUAAAUGUCUCAACAUUUCACAGGAUCCCAUGCUGCCGCAAAUUUAUGAUGAAUUUUAUCAUACAAUAAAUAAUGCUGAUCAUCAAAAAGAUCUUAAAUGGUGGUCAAAUAAUCAUGGCGUUAAUAUGGCAAUGAAUUGGCCACAAUUUGAGGAAUACACUGAAGAAUUUCGUGAAAUAGCUAAAGGAAAAACAAAAGAUCCCUUACCGACUGCACCCAUAAUGCUAAUUAACCAGCGAACAGUUGGAGAGGAGUUGGUUAUUGUCAAACCUUUGCCUAAUCAAGAACUGCCUAUUAAUAAUAAAAUUACUAAAAAUAACGUCCGGCAAACUUCUGCCAGAUUAACAACAGACCCCACUAAUGAAAAGAUAUCGGAUCCAAUUGAUGGGACGAGAAGAUCUCCAGAAAAUAAUAUCUCCCUCGACAGAAGAAGUUCUAUUAUCAAUGGUAAUGGACCGAAGCAGGACAAUCCAUUUGAAGAGGAAGAAGAUUGGGACGAGGGCGAUGGUGACAAUGAUGCAUUAGUAGACAAUGGAGAGCCCGGUGUUCCUAUUAAAGCUCUUUAUGAUUAUCAAGGAGCAGAAAGUGACGAAUUAACUUUCAAGCAAGGUGACGUGUUCGAGAAACUGGAGGAUGAAGAUGAACAGGGUUGGUGCAAAGGGCGAAAGGAUGGUCGCGUCGGACUUUAUCCAGCUAAUUACGUGCAACCAGUGUAACAAUAACAGUGUGUGAGCUAGAUUAAUUAAAAAAUGAUAAUUCAAAUUGAUUUGUAAUAUAAAUUGUUUUCAAAACAUCUCCAAAUUAAUGUAGUGAAAUAACAUUAGUAGAAGAAAUGAUGAACAUAAUCCUUUUUAUACAUCUGGACAAUUAAUUGUAACAGACCUAAUUCUAUUCCAUUAGUUUGAAAAUUACAUUAAUUUUAACAUCCUUUUAAUUAUAUAUUAGACAGAAAGGAUUAGAAUUCGGUCUUAUCUAAUUUAAUUUUUUGCUUGUCUCCAUCUCCUUAAUCUAGCUUUCAGGACAUUUGUUAAUACAUGCGAACUUUUGCACUGCAUAUGAGCCACACACACACACACACACACACACAUACA